AUGCUUCGAAGUCGAAAACUCGCCGCAGCUAGUUCCGCAAAAUCAAUUGAGGAUACCUUCUUGACUCUUACAGAGACUCUAAAAGCCCAGUCGACAUUGAGAGAGAAGAGCAAGUUUGCUGAAAAAGCGACCCCUUUCAGAGAACAUCAACCAAAGUUCGUAUCUGCAGUGAAUGAAAUAGUCUCCCAGUUAGAUGGUGGGGAGAAAUCAGGAGCAAAAGCCAAUGCCCAAAAAACAUACACAUUUCCUGAACCUCCGACACUCGUCCGCAAAGCGAUAGUGUCCCGAACGCGUGAAGUGACGUCUGUGAAGAUUCAGCAGCAAGUCCCGCAACUCUCUUACGGCUUGGAGAGAGUUCUAUUCAACCCCGGAGUCUAUCAACUCCGAGAUCCUCGGACUCGCGUUCAUAAUUUUGACCCUUACCUAGGGUCCAUCAUGCCCGUGACCGAAUUCGACUUUGCAGCUUUAAAAGAUUACAUCACCUCUUCGAGCGACAGCACCCUCCGAGAUAUAGCUAUACAGCACAAGCGGAAAUACAUCGGCUCUACGUCGAGCAUGACAUCCGUUCUAUCCCAUUUUCACUAUUUGCUCUCAGCAUGGCGCCCGAUCAAUACCAAUGCAGUAUCGCGAGGCUUCACACCAACAGCGUUGAACUAUACACAGGUUUCGCGUGCUCCUGCAGCUAUCUUCCUGCGGUACCACGAUGGCGUCUACGCGAUAGAUGCCGAUAAGGAAUACGAUUCGGCCAACGUUCUAAUGAGCUUGGGCAAGUCAAUGGAGAAGCUUCUCACUGUCCCAAAGGAGUACUUUGAGCGGUACCGGAGAUCUCAUAAAAACAAAAUCACUGCGGCUGAGGAACAACUCACUCCAGAAAGUUACCACUACUCGACACUAGGAGACUUCAUGAUGAGGUCUCAGCUAGAUGCAUACGACCCGCGCCUUCCAGGGACCGGCAUGUUCGACCUAAAGACCCGUGCAGUUGUCUCAAUUCGACAGAAUGCAAGCGAGUUUGAGCAAGGCUUAGGUUACCAAAUCAAAUCACGCUUCGGCGACUUUGAGUCGUACGAGCGCGAGUAUUAUGAUAUGAUUCGCUCUGCCUUUCUCAAAUACUCUCUUCAGGUCCGCAUGGGGCGGAUGGACGGUAUAUUCGUGGCAUAUCACAAUAUACAACAAAUCUUUGGCUUCCAGUACAUUAGCUUGCCAGAAAUGGACCAAGCCCUGCAUGGCCAGUGGGAUACCACGCUCGGCGACGCAGAGUUCCGCCUGAGCCUCCAACUAUGGAACAAAGUCCUGAACAAAGCCACAGCCAAGUUUCCUGAAAGGUCCCUUCGCUUCCACUUUGAGACACGGCCCACCGAUACACCGUAUAUGUACAUCUUUUACGAGCCUGUGACCGACGAAGAGAUUGAAGCCAUUCAAACCAAAAACAAGGCCGAGAUUGACGCGAUUGAGCGACGAAUCCUGAACCUCGAGCCUACUGAAGAUGAAUCGGAGGAGUCCACCGCGGCCACGGAGGCGGACGAUCAAACUAGUGAACAUUUCGCAUCCGAAGAUACCUCACCCGAACCCCUCUCCGAGGAAGAACAAGAAGGAAAAGAAGCAGAGGCUCUUGGCGAGGCUAUCGCCGCCCCUGGAACCCAGGCCCGUGAGCUCGGCGCCAUGACCCUAACCAUCGCCAACCGCGUCAACGACAAACCUGUUCCACGACCAGAGAAUCUCAAUCCCCACGAUAACUGGGCCGUCGAGUUCGAAAUAUGCGAGCUGGAAGGACGCCAGGUUGCCAGAUACUACGAGAUGUGCCUGAAACGCCGCGCUAUUGUUCAUGGACAAAGCAGCAAAGUGUGGCGCGAGUCGAGCAGUUUCCACCAGACUUUGAAAGAUCUCACCAAAAGGGGACGCGCGCUCCGCAAGACGCAGGAGAGACAAGAUAAAGAGCUCGGAAUGCUUGUUCUGGAUGGCGUGAAAGUCUAA